ACGGAUCCCAACGCUCGAGGACGUGCAUCCUUACACCACGUGGAGUAUGUGUGUCCGGGUGUACCACAAAUUCCAUGCGGAGAGGUUCGCUGUUGGCAGGAAGAGGCUCAGCAUGGUGUUACUGGAUGAGAAGGGUAAGAAAAUGGCAGCUGUCAUAUAUGAUGACGAGGUGGAUCGUUUUGAGUUACUUGUAGAGGGACGGGUAUAUUAUGUGUGGCGGAUGUCCGCAGAACCAGUUAUGAGAAAUAAAGACUACAUGUUUGCAGAUAGUCACUUUGUGUGUCGUUUCACAUCAGUGACAGCACUUAAUGAGAUAAGAAAUGUGAACGAGCAAUUUAUCCCAUUAUUUCCACCGUUUAUGCUUUUUGACAAAGUUUGGCAGUUCACUCUGGAUAAUGAUAUGUAUGUUGAUGUCAUUGGCAUGGUUAUGUAUGUGAGUUCUAUGGGGCACAAGUACAGUUUCUACAAUCGAAAGAUCCCACUGAAAAAUAUUGUUCUAAUGCACAGCAGCUAUAAUAUUGUGAAGUUAGUUGUAUGGGACAAGUUAGUGACUGGUAAUCUAAGUACCUGGGAGAAAAUCGCAGAAGACCGUGCUAUUGUUGUGGCCACGAUAUCGUAG